GUGCAGAAUAUGGCAAAUAACAAAAUAUAUUCCUGUAUGUAUAGAAUUGGAAUAGAGCCUCCAGGUCCUGGCCAUAUUUGUGUCUGGAGAAAUGAUUCCACAUGGAAUAUAGAAAUGACCUAUCAAUCCAAAUAUGUAAACGAUUACGAAACAAUAAUUUUUACUCUUAGAGUGACUGGCGGUGAAAGGAACUCUUCAGUAAUUGUAUCACUCGAAGAGUCGGCUUACGUCUCCGCUUUCACUAAUUUUUUCGAUAUUCCAAACGAGAACAUCAAUGAGAUUGAAAUAGAAUUCAAUGGCACUAAAAAACCUUUUGACAUGACCAAAGUUGUCAUGACAAAGAUGCUUACGGGAGAAGAAUAUGGUUGUGUUGACAUACAUUGGACAAAUUCAAUGAAAUGUUCUUGUAAAGUUAAAAAAGGCAAGAAAUGGCUGUUGAAAGUUAUUUCUCCUGAGGUACAUGAACGAACGUUCUCCGUAGAAUUAAUCCAAGACACGUUAUCAUCUUUCACUAAUCAUUUGACAUGGAAGAAUUUCGGUAUGUAUGGAGAUGAGUUCAUCAAAUAUUUUAACCUGAAGACCUAUGAAGACAAAGAAAUCACAAGCAUAAAUCUCCAUUUUAAGAAUGAAUCUCUGAAAAUCAAUGAAAUAAGUAUGAUCAGCAAUUACACAGAGUAUAAAUUCAAUAGAAACGAAGACAGCAGCACUCACAAUUCCUCGGUGGCAGGAUUCUCUCGAAUAACAAAAGAGAUAAUUAAUUCUAAUGAAACAAUUCUCGUCCUGAAAAUAGAUACCUGAUCCUCAGUCGAAACGCAAGUAAAAGUUCUAUAUCAGUAUGCAAUGUCCCUGCUGAAGAUAAUAAGUGUUGCUCCAUGCAAGACACCAAUUCAAGUUAUAUCCACAAACCUGGACAAGAAUUCUGCUUCCAAAAGCAAAACUACGAAGAUUGUUAUGAACACAUAGAUUCAAAACCAUUAAUCACAGCAUCUGGAGAAGAUAGUAGUGUUUCUUAUGUCAUGCAAUGGAU